AACAAGUGCAAGAGGUUGCCGAGUAAAGAGGCCGGCGUUUUCAGCGUACGUGUAAACAGGCCCUGAACAAGCGUUUACUCAUCUUUCCUUUGCUUAUAUUACGCUCGCAUCUGAUGUAUUUGGUUCCGUUGCGUUCCUGUUGUGAGUUGUGACCGGCUAACUUAAAUUACCGUGCCGUGUUAACAGUGGAAUUGGAAGGUUCUUGAAGAAAUAUAUUCGCUGAAUCAAUCUGCUCUAAAAAAGUCAAAAUGACAGAAGGUAUCAAUGAACGGGAGACGUGGAGUUCGAAGUUCGACUUCAUCCUUGCUCUGAUGGGAUUUUCCAUUGGGCUCGGUAACAUUUGGCGGUUUCCUUAUCUGUGCUUCAAGAACGGUGGAGGGUGUUUUCUCAUUCCCUAUUUGAUUUGUCUGAUCGUGGCUGGUGUCCCUGUUUUGGUCAUGGAAAUUGGUUUGGGACAGUACACAAGUCAAGGUGGAAUUACAGCCUGGAAAAUAUGUCCAAUAUUUCAAGGUAUUGGCUACGCUGGGGUCCUGGUUAUGCAAUACAUUAACAUUUACUAUACCGUGAUUCUUGGCUGGGCCUUUUAUUACAUGUUUGCCUCGUUCCAAUCCAAGCUGCCGUGGUCACAUUGUGGAAAUGAAUGGAACACAGUAAAUUGUGUAGACGGCAGUGUAAAACGAAACAGCUCCUUACAAAAUACCUCCGCUAUCGCAGGUGUUUCAGCAAGUCAGGAAUACUGGGACUACAGAGUUCUGCGAGUUUCUGGUGGCUUGGGUGAACCGGGGCAAGUGAACUGGGACCUAGCUUUGUGCCUGCUGUUGGCUUGGAUCGUUUGUUAUUUGUGUGUAUGCAAAGGAGUCAAGUCUAGUGGGAAGGUUGUGUACUUCACCGCUACAGCUCCAUAUCUGCUGCUGACCGCAAUCUUGAUCCGCGGUGUCACUUUACCGGGAGCCGCCGAUGGAAUAAAAUUUUAUCUGACCCCUGAUCUGUCAAGACUUGGUGAUGGCCAGGUUUGGCUCGAUGCUGGCACCCAGGUGUUUUUCUCGUAUUCCAUUGGCAUGGGAACCAUGACAGCACUUGGGAGCUAUAACAAAUUUAAGAACAACUUUUACAGAGAUUCCAUCAUAUUUACCCUCUGUAACAGUGGAACAAGUUUCUACGGCGGAUUUCUCAUCUUCUCUGUGUUGGGCUUUAUGGCUAAAAAUCAAGGAGUGACAGUUGAGGACGUUGCUAAACCAGGUCCUGGACUGGCCUUUGUAGUUUAUCCAGAAGCUGUAGCUCAAAUGCCUCUAUCUCCUUUGUGGUCUGCUCUGUUUUUCUUCAUGGUAAUUUUACUGGGCCUGGACAGUGAGUUUGUAGGUAUUGAGGGUGUUGUGACCGCCGUUGUGGAUUUGUAUCCUCACUACCUGAGGCGCGGCUACCGCAAAGAAAUGUUUACCGCUUUUGUCUGUGUGAUCUGGUUCCUCCUUGGGCUAGCUAUGGUUACUGAGGGAGGAAUGUACGUUUUCCAGUUGUUUGAUUUCUACUCUGGAAGCGGAUCAGUACUGUUGUUGGUGGUCAUCUGUGAAUGUGUGGCUAUGGGAUGGCUAUAUGGUCGCCGUCGUUUUUAUGACAAAAUGGAAAUCAUGCUGGGAUUUCGCAUCAAUCCAUGGAUUGGUUGGUGUUGGUGUUUUCUAGCGCCAAUGUUUUGUUCGUUCAUCUUCAUCUUUAACCUGGCAACAUAUAAGCCAUUGACUUACGGUCAGUACGUUUAUCCCGCGUGGGGCCAAGCUAUUGGUUGGUUGUUGACGGCAUCGUCAUUGACCUGCAUUCCGGCUGUGAUGAUUUACAAACUCAUCAAGACCACAGGAACAAUCAGAGAGCGUUUGAACAAGUUGAUUAUACCUGAGAUUGAGGAGGACAGGGAAGAAACUGAACUUGAAGAUUUUAAAGGAAAUCAGAUUCUUCCGUUGACAACAGAGAACGAGAAAAUUGAACAGAAGGCCUCAUAAAUACACCGAUGCACUUUCUUCUUUGUUGAAAUAUAUACAACCUUGUACUUGAAAUCAUUUUUUGUAACAAAUCUUACAGAUGUUAAAAAAGGAUAAUCUUUUAUGAUGUAUGGAAAACUCAGCUGGAGAUAUAGAGAUAACAGAGUUAUAUGUCUUCAAACUCCAUAAUUUUUGUUGAAACACACUCUUGGAUCACCACGCCAUUUCAUGUAAAGGAUGAUGGACAAAACACUGACCCCCAGUCCACGGACCACGAUGGACCAUCCAAGUGAACUGCCUUAAAAUAGACCAACCCUCCAAAAUACUAUUUUAUUUGAGUUCUAUUGAAAGCUCUGUUUUUUAUAUUUUUAAAAAUAAAAUGU